AUGAAUCACAAGAAAUUAAAAGGCAAGAGAAGGAAGACUAUAAACCACAAGAAAUUAAAAGGCAAGAGAAGGAAGACUAUAAACCACAACAAAUUAAAAGGCGAGAGAAGGAAGACUAUAAACCACAAGAAAUUGAAAGGCAAGAGAAGGAAGACUAUGAAUCACAAGAAAUUGAAAGGCGAGAGAAGGAAGACUAUAAACCACAAGAAAUUAAAAGGCAAGAGAAGGAAGACUAUGAAUCACAAGAAAUUAAAAGGCAAGAGAAGGAAGACUAUGAAUCACAAGAAAUUAAAAGGCAAGAGAAGGAAGACUAUGAACCACAAGAAAUUAAAAGGCAAGAGAAGGAAGACUAUGAACCACAAGAAAUUAAAAGGCAAGAGAAGGAAGACUAUGAACCACAAGAAAUUAAAAGGCAAGAGAAGGAAGACACACGAAUCACAAGAAAUUAAAAGGCAAGAGAAGGAAGACUAUGAACCACAAGAAAUUAAAAGGCAAGAGAAGGAAGACUAUGAACCACAAGAAAUUAAAAGGCAAGAGAAGGAAGACUAUGAACCACAAGAAAUUAAAAGGCAAGAGAAGGAAGACACACGAAUCACAAGAAAUUAA